GAGAUGCCACAAGUUUGGAACCAGUUUGGCAUGGUCGUGCGAUCUACGUGGCGGCACUUGGUGUUGCUGGCACUCUUUGUCUUCCAUGGCAGCGUUGCGGAUACCGUCCAUUCGACAUUGAAUGAUGGAGAACAAGGGACAUGCUCGUUGGAGGAUGCCGCAUGCAAGCAACUGUCACUUCCCCUUGAUCUCAUCGUCGGUGUUGGGUGCAAGCCCAAGAAGCUUGACUACGUGUCAAAGGCCAAGAACAGCAAUACGGCGGAAAACUGUGGCGAGGACGCGUAUUAUGUUGUUGGAGACAGCAGUUUGCUGCGGUAUGCUAGCGUGGGGGUUGCAGAUGGCGUUGGCGGGUGGCAAGAGAACGGAGUCGAUCCAUCGGCGUUUUCGUUUGCGCUCGUCGACGGCGCCAAAGAAUCGUUCUCACGAGUGACGGCAUCUAAGGAACAGCCUCAUCCUCGAAACAUGAUGGAAGAUGCAUUCGUCCACGUCAAGGCUGGUGGCGACAAAAACCCUGGAGGGUCCACCGCGGUGUUUCUCGUCCUCGAUAAGCUCUCCAAGAGCUUGGAGACGGCAAAUUUGGGGGAUUCUGGAUACAUCGUCAUUCGGAAUGGAGCCAAGCACUUCCGAAGUGUCGAGCAGACUUGGGCUUUCAACGCGCCCUAUCAGCUGUCCUUGUAUCCGUCGUGGAUGCGAAACGGGGGCGACCACUACCUUCCCAAGGACGCGUUCACCACCAAGCACACGAUGCAGCAUGGGGACAUUGUCAUCGUGGGGUCAGAUGGACUGUUUGACAACGUAUUCGAUGAAGAGAUCCUCACUGAAACAGACAAGUUUCUUGGCCACGUGCUGAAGGCGCAUCCAGACUUCGCAAACCACCUCAAGUCGAGCAACGUGAACGCGCUUCAACCCGAGGUCGUAUCGGCGCUCAAGAAGGCCAUGAUGGACUUGUCGUACUCGCUGACGUUAAUGGCGAACACAUUUGCACAUGACAAGUCCCGCGAGUCCCCGUUCUCCAAGCUUGCAAAGGAAGGCUACGGGUAUCAGUUUCAAGGCGGCAAAGUGGACGACACGACGGUGCUUGCCGUGUACAUCCAUGCGAAAGCCCACGACUGAGUCGGUCGCACGCAUUACCGCGCCGACAUCGCAUGAGAUGCUAACUAUUUCUCGCUGGAAAGAUUGGCGUUGUGCGCUGCUGUCCCUGGGGUCGUCGGCAGGAAUCCUCUGCCGUCGUUCGUGUCGGAAUAAAAUUGUCUGGUCGGCAAAUUAUUAUUUUGCAUU